GAAACUGAGCAGUCAUGUGGGCAGCAAACAAAGUGAAGUGAUGAUAAUGAUUUAAGAGCUCAUCAUCUGCUCUUUAAACAUCUUCAGAGCUCUCCACAGACACAGAGUGAUAGAAAGAAAGUUAAGGGGAGAGAGAGAGAGAGAGAGAGGUGUCUGAGGAAAGCUGAAAGGGUUAAGAGAAAAGGAAACCAUGGUGUCUAGGGAGCACAAGAGAGCAGCACUGCAUGAGAAGCUGCAACUACUUCGCUCCAUUACAAACUCUCAUGCACUAAACAAAACCUCAAUCAUAAUAGAUGCAUCGAAGUACAUAGAGGAGCUGAAGCAGAAGGUAGAAAGACUGAAUCAAGCUAUUGGGACUGCGCAAAAUUCAAGUGACAAAGAUCCAAGGCCCGUGCAGGUUACAGUUGAAACCCUAGAAAAGGGUUAUCUGAUUAAUGUAAUUUCAGAAAAGAAUUGCCCAGGUCUACUUGUCUCAAUACUUGAAACUUUUGAUGAGCUGGGUCUUAAUGUGCAAGAAGCUAGUGCCUCCUGUGAAGAAAGCUUUCGAUUAGAGGCAGUUGGACAAAAUGAAGAAAGUACGGAAAGCGUUGAUGCCCAAGUGGUAAAACAAGCUGUGUGUCAGGCUAUCAAGAACUGGAGCGAAAGCAAUGAGCAAGAUUAGCCACCAAAAAAAAAAAAAAAAAAAUGUUUAGCCAAAAGUAUUUCAUUAUGAUAUAUUUCUUUAAUUCUCUCUUUCUAAGUUUUGUCCCUUUCUGCUGUAGGUUGACAAUGUUGUCAAUAGAAGGAAUUAGUUUUUUAAAAAAGUCACUAGC